AUGUUAGCGGUGGACAGAUCCGUAAGCACCGCCGUAUUACUCUGCCUCUCAAUUUUCGCCGCCGUAGUCACCGGCGAGAGUCCAUACAGAUUCUUUGACUGGAAUGUAACUUACGGUGACAUUUACCCUCUUGGUGUUCGUCAACAGGGAAUAUUGAUUAAUGGAAAGUUUCCGGGACCGGACAUUCACAGUGUGACAAACGACAAUGUGAUAGUAAACGUACACAACAGCUUAGACGAACCAUUCCUGAUCUCAUGGAACGGAGUACAAAACAGGAGAAAUUCGUAUGUGGAUGGAAUGUACGGAACAACAUGUCCAAUUCCACCAAGAAGCAACUACACAUACAUUUUGCAAAUGAAAGACCAAAUUGGAAGCUUCUAUUACUUCCCAUCACUUGCCUUUCACAAGGCCGCCGGUGGAUUCGGUGGAAUCAGAAUCCUUAGCCGUCCCGGAAUUCCGGUUCCAUUCGCCGACCCGGCAGGAGAUUACACUGUCCUAAUCGGAGAUUGGUACAAGUCUAAUCACACGGACUUGAAGUCUCGUCUUGAUAAAGGAAAGAAGUUACCUUCCCCUGAUGGUAUUCUUAUCAAUGGUCGUAGCCAAGGUGCUACCAUAAACGUUGAGCAAGGAAAAACAUAUAGAUUAAGGAUAUCAAACGUUGGAUUACAAAAUUCUCUAAACAUCAGAAUCCAAGACCAUAAAAUGAAGCUUGUGGAAGUCGAAGGAACGCACACACUUCAAAACUUGUUUUCUGAACUCGAUGUUCAUGUUGGCCAAUCUUACUCUGUUCUCAUUACUGCUGACCAAUCUGCUCGUGACUACUACGUGGUUGUUUCCUCUCGGUUCACUGAUAAAAUCAUAACAUCUACUGGUGUUCUCCGCUACAGUGGCUCGUCUUCCUCAGCUUCUGGUCGACUCCCUUGGGGUCCCACCAUUCAGGUCGACUGGUCCUUGAACCAAGCACGUGCCAUUAGAACCAACUUGACAGCAAGUGGACCAAGACCAAAUCCGCAAGGCUCGUACCAUUAUGGUCUAGUACCGCUCGCUAGGACUAUUGUGUUCGGUAGUUCAGCGGGACAGAUUAAUGGGAAGCAAAGAUACGGUGUCAAUAGUGUGUCAUUUGUGCCUGCGGACACGCCUUUAAAACUGGCCGACUACUUCAAGAUAAGUGGUGUCUAUAAGGUCAAUAGCAUCUCGGACAAACCCACUGGUGGAGGUUUAUACCUUGACACCUCUGUUUUGCAAGUUGACUAUCGAACCUUUAUCGAGAUUGUAUUCGAGAACAAAGAAGAUAUCGUCCAAAGUUAUCAUCUCAAUGGUUACUCCUUCUGGGUUGUCGGGAUGGAUGGUGGACAAUGGACGACAUCGAGCAGAAAUGGGUACAAUCUCCGUGAUGGAGUUUCGCGUAGCACUGUCCAAGUGUACCCAAAAUCAUGGACAGCCAUUUACAUUGCAUUGGACAACGUAGGAAUGUGGAACCUAAGAUCUGAGUUUUGGGCUAGACAGUACUUGGGACAACAGCUUUACAUGCGUGUCUACACAGCAUCAACUUCUUUGAGAGACGAGUUUCCUAUCCCGAAGAACUCGCAUCUAUGCGGCCGGGCAAAAGGACGACAUACUAGGCCUUUGUAA